AUGAAGAGGAGGACAGAACCUGAAUUUGGCAGCCCCCAAAAGAAGCAGAAAAAGCGGAUAGAAGACUUGGGAUUAACCCUCAGUUCUACUUCAGAAGAUGAAACUCAGUUUAGUAACCAUGCUACUCAAGAGUCCUCCAGUAGCAGCAGUGGGUCCGACAGUGAGAGCGAUGAGAAGAGACCAGUCUUCAGCAAUGAGUUCAAACAAGACUCUCUUGUGGAGGGUACUUCGUCUCGGUACUCGAUGUAUAACAGUGUCUCCCAAAAGCUCAUGGCCAAGAUGGGCUUCCGGGAAGGAGAAGGUCUGGGAAAAUAUGGCCAAGGCAGGAAGGACAUUGUUGAGGCCUCCAACCAGAAGGGAAGAAGAGGCUUUGGGCUGACUCUCAAAGGAUUUGAUGGGGAGCUCAAUGUUGAUUGGCAGGAUGAGCCAGAGCCCAGUGCCUACGAGGAGGUGGACUGGUGCCUUGAGUGUACCACAGAAAUCCCUGAUGCCCAGGAACUGAAGGAGUGGAUGACUGUGGGAAAGAGGAAGAUGGUGAUUGAAGAUGAAACUGAGUUCUGUAAUGAAGAGCUUUUACGUAGUGUCCUGCAGUGCAAGAGUGUAUUUGAUGAGCUGGAUGGAGAAGAAAUGCGUCGAGCCAGAACAAGGUCUAACCCCUAUGAGAUGAUCCGUGGAGCGUUCUUCCUGAACAGGGCUGCAAUGAAGAUGGCAAAUAUGGACCAUGUCUUUGACUAUAUGUUUACAAACCCUAAGGACUUUCAGGGGAGGCCUUUGAUAAAGGAGCGAGAUGCAGAGCUGCUCUACUUUGCUGAUGUGUGUGCUGGGCCCGGAGGCUUCUCCGAGUACGUCUUGUGGAGGCGGAAGUGGCACGCGAAAGGAUUUGGCAUGACCCUGAAAGGACCAAAUGAUUUUAAACUAGAGGACUUCUAUUCUGCUUCCAGUGAGCUCUUUGAACCUUACUAUGGUACGUAGGGAGGGAUUGAUGGAGAUGGAGACAUCACCCGCCCAGAGAACAUCACUGCUUUCCGCAAUUUUGUGUUGGACAAUACUGAUCACAAGGGAGUGCACUUCUUAAUGGCUGAUGGGGGUUUCUCAGUGGAGGGUCAGGAGAAUCUGCAAGAAAUCCUAAGCAAACAGCUCAUGCUUUGCCAGUUUCUUACAGCACUGUCCAUUGUCCGGACAGGAGGACAUUUUGUCUGCAAAACCUUUGACCUGUUUACUCCAUUCAGUGUGGGACUUAUCUAUCUGCUGUAUUGUUGCUUUGAGCGAGUGUGCAUCUUUAAACCUGUGACAAGCCGCCCUGCUAACUCAGAGAGGUAUGUGAUCUGCAAAGGACUGAAGCUGGGGAUCGACGACGUGCGGGACUACCUCUUCACGGUGAACAUCAGGCUGAACCAGCUGCGCGGCUCCGAUGUGGACGUCAACCUCGUCGUGCCACUGAACGUCAUCAAAGGCGACCAGGAUUUCUGUGAUUACAUCGUCCGGUCCAACGAAAACCACUGCAGAGUUCAGAUAAAGGCACUAGCGAAAAUUCGUGCCUUUGUCCAAGACACGACGCUGAUUGAGCCGCGGCAGGCUGAAAUCCGAAAGGAGUGUCUCCAGCUGUGGGGGAUUCCUGAUAAGGCUCGUAUUGCUCCUUCAUCUUCAGAUCCCAAGACCAAGUUCUUUGAGCUGAUACAGGGCACAGAUAUUGAUACUUUCAGUUACAAACCCACUCCUCUGAAUUCCACUACUCUGGAGAAGAUUCGUCAAGUGUUAGAUUACCGGUGUAUGGUGUCUGGGAGUGAGCAGAAGUUCCUCUUGGGGCUAGGGAAAUCACAGAUCUACACCUGGGAUGGUCGCCAAUCGGAUCGCUGGACAAAGCUGGAUUUGAAAACUGAGCUGCCACGAGAUACACUUCUCUCUGUGGAGAUUGUUCAUGAGCUGAAAGGAGAGGGGAAAGCCCAGCGAAAAAUCAGUGCCAUCCACAUCCUUGAUGUCUUGGUGCUGAAUGGCAACGACGUUCGAAAGCAGCACUUCAACCAGAGGAUUCAGCUGGCAGAGAAGUUUGUCAAAGCUGUUUCUAAACCUAGCCGGCCAGAUAUGAACCCCAUCCGAGUGAAGGAAGUGUACAGAUUGGAGGAAAUGGAGAAGAUUUUUGUGAGGUUAGAGAUGAAAGUCAUCAAGAGUUCAGGGGGAAUCCCCCGACUGUCCUACACUGGCCGAGACGACCGGCACUUUGUGCCCACAGGACUCUACAUCGUCCGGACUCUGAAUGAUCCAUGGACAAUGGCAUACAGCAAAAACACCAAGAGGAAAUUCUUUUUCAACAAGAUGACCAAGCAAGCAACAUACACCCUUCUUUUUGAAGCCAUCGCACCCUUUCACAUCUGCCAUUACAGCCGCCUCUUCUGGGAGUGGGGGGAAGGUGUCAAAGUGCACGACUCUCAGAAAAGGCAAGAUCCAGAGAAGCUAUCAAAAGAGGAUGUCCUGUCUUUCAUCCAAGCACACUGCCCCUAA